AUGGCAGCAGCACCCUCGAUUCCAGCUUCCACGCCAGCAACCGUGCCCACCGCACCCGCAAACACCAUGACAGCGCCGGCAACAGCGACGGCUGCGACGCCCUCCGCCGCAUCACCUGCAAUCCCCGCGCGACCAGCAACUCUCACCGCCGCUGUGAACCAGAACGCCGCAGCCUACAGCAGACCUUACGGCACAACCCCAUACGGCGCCUCCCCGUACGGUUCGGCAUACUCGUCGCCCUACGGCUCACCAUACUCUAGAUACGGUGGCGGUAUGUAUGGCAACAGCAUGUACGGGGGCGGUAUGUACGGUGGUGGGCUAGGCGGCUACGGCGCGGGCGGCAUGUACGGGGGAGGUAUGUACGGGGGCAUGCCCGGCGGUAUGCCUGGGGACCCAAACAACCCGGAGAGCCUCACUCAGCGCUUCAACAUGAGCACGCAAGCCACUUUCCAGAUGCUGGAGGGCGUAGUCGGCGCCUUUGGCGGGUUCGCUCAGAUGCUGGAGAGCACAUACAUGGCGACGCAUUCGAGCUUUUUCGCAAUGGUCUCCGUCGCCGAGCAAUUCGGUAACCUCCGUGACACUCUCGGCUCCGUCCUCGGCAUCUUCACUAUGAUGCGCUGGAUCCGGACCCUGAUCGCCAAAUUGACAGGAAGACCCCCGCCGGUGGAUGCGCAGGCGCUCACGCCCGCCUCGUUCGCCCGAUUCGAAGGGCGAUCGGGCUCCGGAGCCGACCAUGGGCCGCCUAAGCCCAGCCGCAAGCCCCUGUUUUUCUUCAUGCUCGCUGCCUUCGGCCUGCCCUACGUCAUGAGCAAGGUCAUCCGCUCGCUCGCGGCCAACGCAGAGGAGGAGGAGCGCCGGCGCCACCUCGUGGCCGCACAGCAGAGCCUCGACCCGUCCAAGCUCGAGUUCUGCCGCGUACUGUACGAGUUCUCGCCAGCAGCCCAGGGCCAGGCCGUCGUCCAGGGCGUGGACCUCGAGGUGCGCAAGGGAGAUCUGGUGGCUGUGCUGGGCAAGAGCGACCCAAUGGGCAACCCAAGCGAGUGGUGGAAGUGCCGUGCCCGCGAUGGCCGCAUUGGCUACCUUCCCGCGACUUUCCUCGAAGUUAUGCGCAAGCCGGGCGCGCCCGUCGCCGCUAUCAAGGACACCCCCGCGAGCGAGAGCAGCCGUGCCAACUCGUUGACCAGCACCGUCAGCGCACCGGGUGCCCUGCCCGGUGCUUCCAAUGCGCCGCCUCCCCUACCGUUGACCAAGCUCGGCGACGUCACGCCCGAGAGCUUCCAGAAAUCGCAGUUCUACUCGUAG